GUUCGUGGGAAAGAUUCUGCAGUAAUUGUAACACAGAAGAAAGACAAGUUACUGGAUUCCAACACAGUGACUCAUUUAUUCAGAAUCACUGAAAAUAUCGGCUGUGUGAUGACAGGAAUGACAGCUGACAGCAGAUCCCAGGUGCAGAGAGCUCGCUAUGAGGCUGCUAACUGGAAGUACAAGUAUGGCUAUGACAUCCCUGUGGAUAUGCUGUGUAAGAGGAUUGCAGAUAUUUCUCAGGUCUAUACGCAGAAUGCUGAAAUGAGGCCCCUUGGCUGCUGUAUGAUUUUGAUUGGUAUCGAUGAAGAACAUGGCCCUCAGGUAUACAAGUGUGAUCCUGCAGGUUAUUAUUGUGGAUUCAAGGCCACAGCUGCAGGAGUUAAACAGACAGAGUCAACCAGUUUUCUUGAAAAGAAAGUAAAGAAGAAAUUUGACUGGACAUACGAGCAAACCGUAGAGACAGCAAUAACAUGCCUGUCUACUGUACUAUCCAUUGAUUUCAAACCUUCAGAAAUAGAAGUCGGUGUAGUUACAGUGGAAAAUCCUAAAUUCAGGAUCCUUACAGAAGCAGAGAUUGAUGUGCACCUUGUAGCUCUGGCAGAGAGAGACUAAUCACCAUUCACAUUUCCAUUGUCUGUGCUUCUGGCCAGGAUGUUUGGUGAAAAGAAAACACUUAUUAAUGGCUUUAGAUUAUGGGCGGAAAACGGUGUUCGCUAUACGAUGUAUUUUACUCUGUACAAAUAAAACAGAGGUUUUUGAAA